AUGACAUCUCAAGAUGAAAUUCAUCAUCAUCAUCAUCAACAACAUAAAAAUAUUCAAUAUACGAAAUCAACUUUUGCUAUUCUACUAGCUGCCUUUUCUUCAUUGGCUGGAUGGUUUUUUGGAUAUGAUCAAGGUGUUACUGGUGGUAUUAUUGUCAUGAGUUCAUUUAAAAAUGACUUUUGUAUUGGUGUUUACGCCAAUGCAAGUGUUUGCGGUCUUCCAGUAGCUGCUUUGCCUGCCAAUUACAGACGAUUUAUAGUACUCUUUACGUUAUUGUAUUAUUUUGGAUGUUUUAUUGGUGCUAUAUUAAUUUCUUCAUUUGUGGCCGAAAAAUAUGGACGUCGAGCCAUUAUUUUCACUUCAGAAGUUCUAUUUUCAAUUGGUACUUCAAUUGUUAUUUUUCUACCAGGUGGUUCUAAAAAGAUAAUGAUUUUGAUACUUAUUGGACGGAUUAUUGAAGGAACAGGUGUUGGAUGUUCUUCAUUUUCCUGUCCACUAUAUGCUUCCGAAAUAGCUCCAACAAAUCUACGUGGAAUGCUUUCCGGUUUUAUGCAAAUGACCGUAGUAGCUGGUUUAUUUGCUGCUAAUGUGGUAAAUUUUUUAAUACAAAAUCAUAAAUGGGGUUGGCGAUUGUCAAAUGGAAUUAUUCUAAUCGCUCCAAUUACAAUUAUGAUCGGUAUAUUUUUCUGUCCUGAAACUCCUCGAUGGUUAUUCAAGAACAAGAGUCGUGAAUCGGCAGAGAAAAGUUUACAGCGUAUUCGUCAAACAGAGAAUGUUACUGCUGAAUUAGAUGCUAUUGCAAAUGCUAUAGAAGAAGAAGGUAAUCAACGUUCGAUCACAGAGUUAUUUACAACAAAGAAAAUGCUUCAAAGACUUGGUAUAGGAAUGGUUGUACAAAUUUUAGCACAGACAACUGGUAUUGAUGUUGUAUUUACAUUUGGCGGUAUUAUAUAUGAAAGCGUUCUUGGAAAGGGCAUCGUAUCAUUAUUGAUUUUGUCUGGGGCAAACAUGCUUAGUACUAUACCAGCUUUAUUCUUGUUUGAUCGACUCGGACGUCGAAAACUUCUCAUAGUUGGCGCCGUAGGCAUGGUAGUUGGCCAUUUUGUUACAGCCACACUAUUUGCUACAGGUUGUGACGUUAUCAAAACUAGCAUCAAUGACACUAUAGUAAAUGAACAAAUUAUCAGUUGUCUAUCAAGUUCUGGUAUAUCAAUGCUUGUUUUUACAGUUAUUUUUAGCUAG